GCGGCGAAGCACCUGUUCGCUGCGUGGAUGUGCCAUUCUGUGGCGCAACGAAACGCUCAUGUUGUUAUUUUAUCUCCAUGCUGUAGAUCGGGUUUCUCUGGAUUGGCCGAGGCACAUGCCAUUCAAUACACUCCUCCUGCCUGCACGGUAUAAACAGCAUGGCCACCGCAGAUUCCAGAGGGUCUAAAUAUAUCUAAUAAGGUCACAGGAGGGGGGGAGGACCGGUGUAGGGGGGGUUUUAUCCUGGGACUCUUCACUGUCGUGGUGGACUGGCACCAAUUGAAUUAUUAUCCGGAGAUUAUUGUGCACAACAGAGGAGAACUUGGCCUCAUCCAAACCAUGCCCUCAACUUACAACGUGAGAUCCAGGACGCGGGACAGAAACAGCGUCCUGAGUAGACCCGAGUUCAUGUCCCUGAACCACCAGCCCCCGCGCGCCGGAGCUGGCCCCGCGGAGAGCCGAGGCGCCUCGAGGCGACUGGGUCAGAUCAAGCAGCAGACGAGCCAGCAGGGCGAGGAACCUACCGACAGCGGCAGCAGGGACAGGAGGGAGUCCACCAGGAUGCCGGAGGAAGACUGCAUGCAGCUCAACCCUUCCUUCAAGGGGAUAGCCAUGAACUCCCUCCUCGCCAUUGACAUCUGCCUGUCCAAGCGCAUGGGGGUGUGCGCCUCCACCUCGUCCUCGUGGGGAGGCUGUCGCUCCAUGGUCGCCCUGCUGGCGCUCACGGGGCACGGCAUCACGUGGAUCAUUGGCACUAUCGUGUGUCUCACGCGGAGUAACACUCUGGCUGGACAAGAGGUCCUGGUCAACCUGCUGCUUGCCCUCAUCCUUGACGUCAUGACUGUGGCUGGAGUGCAGCGCCUGGUGAAGCGGAGAGGACCCUGGGAGAUGGCCCCCGGCUUCCUGGACUGCGUCGCCAUGGACGUCUACUCCUUCCCCGCCGCCCACGCCAGCCGCGCCGCCAUGGUCUCCAAGUUCCUGCUGUCCCACCUGGUCCUGGCUGUGCCGCUUCGCAUCCUGCUGGUGCUGUGGGCCUUCCUGGUGGGCGUGUCCCGGGUGCUCCUGGGAAAGCACCACCUCACUGACAUGGUGUGUGGCUUUGCUCUGGGCUUGCUCCACUUCAGCUUGAUGGAGUCGGUGUGGCUCUCGUCAAGCACCUGCCAGACUCUGAUCUCCAUAAGCACGUUCAGCUGGAGCCCCUUUUUCUGAGCUUUCGAUACAAGGCAGUGCUCGCACCUACAUGAGGCUUAUUUGAUACUCUGACCUUGCAUAUCGAGGACUUAGGACGGUCUAGUGAAGUUAUUUUUGCAAAGUCACAAGUUUGUACUGCAGGCUGUAAACUGUCGAGCACUAACAUAUGGAUGCAAUUGAUGACCUGCAUGCAACACUCAAAACAGGCAGGUAACAAGAGCUUAUGAAACGUUAUUCUCGUUUCAUAGAUGUCACACUACCUGAUUGCAUUUAUUCAGUUACUACUACUACUAACAGGUUGAAAUAUCAGCUUUGCCAUUUGCAGGUGUAGAUGACAGGCUGAGGUUUUAGAAACCCACACCUAACCUCACGUCUUUCAAUUCAGGGCGCUUUUAUAAACCUUUUCUUGUAUUUUUUUUUCUGUCUUCUUCGUUUUCUUUUAAAAGGGAGUACUUCUGUUUGAAAACCAGGUUGAUCACUGAAUAUACUUCCAUGUAAAACUCUAUCGGAUGUGAUAUUAAAAUGUUAAAUUAUUGCAGUUUCAAUACAGAACAUUGUUUCUAAUUGGCAUGAUUAAUAUACUAAUGUAUUUCUAAUGACACUCACCUUCCUGUAUUGUAUAUCUAUGAGGAAUUAUUCCCAGUGCAACUUAACAAUGUGCAGCUAAUGUCACCUUUGCACCAAAUAUUUGUAUCUUCCGGAUUCUAACAUAUUUUACUCUCAUGUGCCAUUUGUGAUUUAAUGAGUUUGAAUUCCGUGUUACGGCUGAUCGUUGUUUUCAGCUUUUCAUUGGAGCCUUUUUAUAUCUUCACAUUAGCCUAACAAAUGUUCCUGUUUCAUUAGUGACCCACUAAACUACUGAAGCGAGUAUGUUUGUACACAUUGGCAAAUGAUGUAUUUAUUUCGAGGAAAUGGAACCUCUUCUUUUCAGCUUUUCAGACUAUUUUAUUACAAACUUUUGAAAGAAAACUGCAGGGUUUCU